GGCACUUACAAGUGUACCAUGAAUUUGCUAUUUAUACAACUGAGAAUAGGUUUUUUUUAUUUCUUGAGGAAUAAGCAUUGUUUAUAAGAAGGUUGGGAGAACUUUAUCUUGGAGUUAGUAACGAUAAAUUUGACUAUCAACAAAUACGUAAUUAAUCAAAAAAGAAGGAUCUAUUUUACUUUCUGACAGCUAAAUCGAAGGAAAGAUGGCGAUGGACUGCUGUGGGCGAUUUGGAAAAGCUCUCUUAAUCGGCAUCAACAUUUUGUUCUUUUUACUUGGUGUUGGUUUACUGGUAGCGGGAAUAGUAGCGAAUGUGAAUGCCAUAGCCGACGAGGUAUUGCCCGCGCUAAACAAGGUGGAGUUGGCAGGAAACGACUUGGGGAAUUUUUUAAACAGUGUUUCAAUUCUGGUCAUUAUCAUUGGGGCUUUUGUGAUGUUAGUUGCAGGCCUGGGUUUAUUUGGAGCCUGCUGUGAGGUCAAAUGUAUGCUAGCCACGUAUGCUAUCCUGGUGUUGCUUUUACUGCUGAUGAAGAUUGCAGCUGUCGUUUUAUGGUUUCAUAUGAGAGGAGUGUUUAAUAAUGAAACUAAGGAGGUCUUGCUCAAGUCCCUGCAGGAAAACUAUAUCGACGAAUCUUUGAAUUCUACCAACGAUAUUUCUAAUGCAUGGAACUAUGCAUUUUUAACGUUUGAUUGCUGCGGCGUUAAUAGAGUACAAGGGACUACAAACGAUUUUGACCUCACCCCUUGGUGUACAACUUCCGGUGAUUGCCAACAAACAAAUGCGCAGAUUCCUAGAACUUGCUGUGUGGGAGUUACUGAAUCAAACUACAAAACCCAGGCCCCGGCUGACUGUUACGCCAGCGUUUCCAAAGACUACAAUACUCAGGGCUGCUAUGAUCGGUUCCAACAGUUAGUUCAAAGUUCAUCAGCACCGGUCAUUGGAGUCGCAAUUACCGUUAUGGUAAUCGAGCUUUUGGGCUUUGUUUUUGCCAUUGUCCUAUGUAAGCAGACGGGAUCCGAGUCUAUGGCAGUGUAAUGUAACAGCCCAGAUACUACACUGACAACAGUAGAGUCAGAAAGAACUCCAGCUCAACAUUACUGUCAAGCCACUCAGCCACUAUAUUCAUAUACAACACUCCUGUACUAAGCUUCUAUAUAUCCUUGUUAAAGCAUAAGUAGUAAUUUAGACAAUGUAAAUUCUAUAAUCUUAUUAUUUUCAUGAAUAUAAAUUAUGUUUUCUGGUUUAAGUAUAUAAUUUCUAUUGAAACAGUUUUAAAUCAAAUUAUAAUGAGUAAAGGUUUCGAGUUACACAUUUGUAACAAUUAGUCUAGCUUUUAAAAAGACCUGUGUUUUAAAAUUUAGCUUGAUGUACAGAUGAUAAUAAUAAGCAACUUUAUAAAUAAGUCAUCUCUCAAUGCAUGUAGUGCUUUUUGUAAUGUUACUUUUAAAGAAUGCAAUCUUAUUUUAGAAGACCUCAGGCCCAUGCGGGGUAUUUGUCCAGUUUUGGUGCUUUUGUUUCCUUUGAUAUUAUUUUUGUUCUUGUCCUAGUCAUUCUUUCUUUGUUUGUUUUUGUUUUUUGUUUUACAUUAUCACACAAUUUAAAAUAACUGUAUGAAUUACAAACUCUAUCAUGAAAUAUCUGUUAAUCUCGAGACAUACAUGUAUUUGUCAGACUACAGAUUUUCUUAAAUAAGAAUCACGUACCAUAUUUGUUAUUAGGAGAAUUUUUAUUCUUUAUGCUUGAUCAGAACAUCAGUUCUUAUGUACAUAUAUAUAGGUUUUUAUUUUUGUUUGUUCGGAGUUUUAGUCAGGAAGAGGUAAAAUAUUCUUGCUUGUACUUAUAUACAUUAAUUUUUUUAUUAAAAAAAUUUUUGCGA